CAUUCCAUCCCCCCCCCCCCCCCCGCCGCUGCUCAGAGCGGCAGCACCGAGACACCGAGCGGCCGCACCGGCACCGCCACCGCCACCGGCACCGCCCCAGCCGGCCGCCAUGGCCGAGUACCGCAGCUUGCUGGAGGAGCUGGCCCAGAACAUUACGGCCGAGGACCUGGAGCAGCUGAAGUCGGCCUGCAAGGAGGACAUCCCCAGCGAGGAGAGCGAGGCCAUCGCCACCAGCCACCACUGGUUCUCCUUCCUGGAGAAGCACAGCAAGCUGGACAGAGACAACCUGUCGUACAUCGAGCACAUCUUCGAGAUCUCGCGCCGCCCCGACCUGCUGACCAUGGUGGUGCAGUACCGCACCCAGGUCCUCAAGAUCUCCGAGGAGGACGAGGUGGACACCAAGCUCACCCGCAUCCCCAGCGCCAAGAAGUACAAGGACAUCAUCCGGCAGCCCUCGGAAGAGGAGAUCAUCAAACUGGCCCCCCCGCCCAAGAAAGCCUGAGGGGGGGCGAGGAGGAGGAGGAGGAGGAGGAAGGCUGUGGGCCCCCCCCCCCAUGUCCCCCUGCCACCUCUCCGGCCCUGGGGCGUGGACAGGCGGGGGGGGGGCCGGCACGGUCACUAACAAAGUCUUAACGCCCCCCCCUCGAGUCGGGGCUGGGGGCUGGGCGGCUCUGCGUGUGCGUGGGUGUGCACGUGUGGGUGUGCGUGUGUUUGGGGGGGGGGGUGCGCGCGCUUCGCUAUUCCCAGGGGACCCCCAAGCCCUCACUGGGAGGGGGGACAACAGGAACAGGGAUCCCCCCCCCUGCCCAGUCCAUAGUUGUGGCUGGGGGGGGUACCAGGCACCGGGACCACCCCCCCACCCCAGUGUUGGGGGGGGGACAGGGCUGGGGACAGGGACCCAAGUGAGUGUCGUGGGGGGGACGAAGGACAGGGCACGUCAGGAGGGAGGUGAGCAGCAGGACUGGGGGGGGGGAGGCUUUGCUGACCCCCCCAGGCAGGAUGGAGGAUGGUGUGAGUUUGUCAGGCCUCAGCCCCACAGGGAGGGUGGGGGCACGUCUUCAGUGUGUGUGUCCCCCCCCCAGGGGCUGCAGUGGGUGGGGGGAUGAGGAGGUGAUGGCGGGGGGAGGCAGUGGGAGCCCCUGUGCAGGGUGGUGCUGUUCAAGGCGGGGGGGGGCAGACUCCCCCCGAGCAUUGGGGAAAUCAUUGUUGGAAGGACACACACACACCCCCCCCCCCCAACCCCACUUUGGUUGAGGGGGCAGAACUGGCAUCGCCCCCGAAACCAGCCAGAUUUGGGGGGGUGGGGGGGUGUCCUUCCAGCCUCCCCCAGUGCCACACUGGGAGGGAGGGGGCACCGGACUGGGAAAACAGGCACAGCCCCCAUUAGUGUGUGCGUGGGGG